GAGGCAUCAUAUUGACUAUGGAUGUACUGUACUUCUAUACUUGGUUUUAUUUUUUGUUGUUGUUGAUGACCAUGGAUGUGGAUUAAAUUGAUAAUCACAAUAGACUUUUCAACACCUCUUACUCCACACUGACGUGAGAAGGUAAACUUGGUAUUACGUGGACUACUGUACAGGACAAAGAAAUGGCUAGAGAACUCCCAGAUAAAAAGUUUGAACUGGCUCCGAAUGAGCAACCUUUGUUGUGUUCUCCUGGCGAUGAUGUCACAAUACCCUGCCGCCUCUCCCCGGCAACCAGUGUCGUUGCCAUGGAGAUCAGGUGGUUUCGGAACACGGACUGUGUCUACCUGUAUCGGAACGGUCACGCAGCAGAUGGAGUGGGCUUCGAGGGGAGAGUGAGUGUGGACCCUGUAGCACUGCAGACUGGGGACAUGUCUCUGGUGCUUAAGGGGGCCUGGGAGACAGAUGCAGGCUGGUUCCUUUGUCAGGUACUCCACGGGCAACAUGUAAAGGAGGCCCGAAUCGGAUUCCUCUACCCCCGAGGAAGAGGAUCUGGGCGACCCGGAGAGAAAGACUGCAGCAGAGCAGCGCACAGGGCCAUAUCUGAUGGUGAGAGGGAGAGAAUGGAGCAGUCCGUGCACUCUCUUCACAUCCGUUUGUGUGAUGCCGUGAUGGCAAAGCUCUCUGUGAUGGAACAGCAGAUGAAAGAGACAGGCCAGGAGUUGGACGUCACAAAGAGACUUUUGCAGAAUACAGACAUAGAAGUGGAGACAAUGAGAAGAAGAGAGCAGGAGAGACAAACAGAAUUGGAGAUGAGCAGUGAGGUGGAGACCACCAAAAGACAGCUGGAGUCACUGGGAAAGGAACUUAUGGACAAGAAUAGUCAACUACAGGAGCUGAGAACACAACUGAUGGACAAAGAGAGAGAGAUGGAAGAGAGGCAGAGACAGAUGGAGGAGAGAGAAAUGGGAACUGAUGUAGGUCUUCCACACAGGAGAAGACGAUGGAGCAGAGAUAAGCCUCCAUGCAUGGGAGGAGAGAGUCCUGGUCUAGUCCACCUGGUGUCUCCUCCUGCUGUGUCUGAGCUAAGGCUGGUGCUGCUGGGGAGGAGUGCAGCCGGGAAAAGAGCAGCAGGAAACACCAUCCUGGGCACAGGAGAGUUAUGGAGGCAGGCCAGCACGCAGACAUCCACAGAGAGCCAGCACAGUGAGAGCAGCCAGGGGGAGGUGGCUGGGAGACAAGUGACUGUGGUGGACACUCCAGACUGGUUCUGCAUUGAACUUUCUGAGAAGGACACAAGACAGGAUGUGGGGCUUUGUGUCCGUCUGUCUGCCCCAGGACCUCACGCGUUCCUCCUGGUGGUUUCAGUUGAGCCAUCUGAAGGGGAGGAGAGGAGGAUGCUGGAGAAGAUGGAGGACAUUUUGGGGGAGGGCUGUUGGAGACACACACUGAUCCUCUUCACCCAAGCCGAGGGGCUGGAACAGAGGAGUUUGGAGGAUUUGCUCCAGACAGAGAACCAGGAGCUCCAGCGUCUAUUAGAUAAAUGUGGGAACAGGUGUCACCUUCUUAACAUUAGUGACAGGCCUGAAGACACUGAGAUUACACAGCUGCUAGAGAAGAUAGUUGAAAUGGUAUCAGGAAACAGAGAGACAUUCUACAGCUGUGAGACCUACCAGGAGGCAGAGAGACAGGUGAGAGAGAUUGAGAGAAGAAUUCAGAGAAAGAGAGAGAUUAAAUUCAUGGAACAGAGGCUUGAGACUAGCAGAGACACUGAUAGAAGCAAGCAAACAUCACUGCCGAUGAUGGAGGGAAGGGUAGGAGUAGAGGAGAAGAAAGGUGAGGAAGGUGGAUGUGAUGAUGAGAGAAGAGAGGAGGAUAGGGGUGAGUAUCAGAAAGGAGAGGAGGAGGAGGAGGAGGAGGAGGAGAGCAGAAUGAGAGAAAGCUUUGAGAGCAACUGGAGAGGACCAAGGGAGAGAGGGAAAACUGAUGAUGAUGAGGAGGAGAGAGGUGGGAACAUGACGAGAGGAUAUGAGAGAGAUGAAGAGGAAACAGGUCUCAUGGAGAUUAUUCACACUGAAUUGUGGAGGUUCUGCUGGGAGAAGUCUGAGAGAGAGACAGAGAGAGUGAGACAGAUGGAGGAAGAGGUGACGAGGGUUAGACAGGAAGAGGUGGAGAGAAUGAGACAAGCAGUGGCAGACAGAGAGAUAGAGGUGGAGAGAAUGAGCGAGGCCAUCAAACGAUUGAGCACAUCUCUCCUCACUGUCAUGAGUGCAGAUGGCCAGCUAGGAGAGCGAUAGAUAGAGGUAUACAAUGUAAAGCAAUUUGAGUGCUUGAGGGAGUGGAAAGGUGCUUUAUAAAUGCAGUUCAUUUACCAUUUACAUGCAGCACUGGACUGGAAAACUUACCAAGUGUGCUUGGUAUCUACUCAUACGUUCUAUAUGCAUUACAUUACAUUACAUUACAUUGCAUUUGACAGACGCUUUAUAACCAAAGCGACUUUCAAAAGAGGACAUAAUCAUAGCAAACAUCACUAGCAGAUACAAAGUUCACAGGAAAUAUACAGAACCACAUGUGCAGAUGCAAAGAAGAGUUCGUUUUUUUUUAAAUUAGAGUACGCACAUACACACAUACAUACACAUCAUGUCAAGAG